CCAAGUGAUUCCUCGAGAAGUUGCCGAAAGCCUUCUUGGUAUAUAUACUUAUCGUGUCUCUUCAAAGAUUUUGCUAUACAAGUUGCGCAGGAUGACCAAGAUAGCUUCGCCUCCUCUUCCUCCCUUCUAUGCUGGGUGCUGAAUUCUGCUCCACCUUCCAUCCAUGGUGCAGCUUGUGUUGGCUUUUGCGCUUCUUCUUGCCAGAUCGGUGGCAGAUGCGGCGACUGCAAACUACAAGUUCACAGUGGGGAGUAUGAAAAUCAGUCAGCUAUGCAGCAGCACUGACAUUAUUGCGGUGAACGGCCAACUGCCAGGCCCGGCGAUAGAAGUGAACGAAGGAGACGCGGUUGUCGUCAAUGUCAUCAACGCUUCACCUUACAACUUAACCAUCCACUGGCAUGGCGUCCUCCAGCUAAUGACCCCGUGGGCGGACGGCCCGGACAUGGUGACGCAGUGCCCCAUCCAGCCCAACAGCUCGUACACGUACCGCUUCAACGUCCCCGGGCAGGAGGGCACGCUGUGGUGGCACGCCCACUCCUCCUCCCUGAGCGCGACGGUGCACGGCGCCUUCAUCGUCAGGCCUAGGCGCGGCAACACCUACCCCUUCCCAGCGCCGGACAAAGAAGUCCCCAUCGUACUUGGCGAGUGGUGGAACCGGAAUGUAGUCGAUGUCGAGAGCGACGCCAUCUUGGCCGGUCAGCUUCCUACCGAGUCCGACGCGUUCACCGUUAACGGCAAAACUGGCCAGCUCUACCAGUGCGCAAAUGAGACGUUUACGGUGGACGUGGAGCCCAACACGAGGGUGCUGCUCCGGGUCAUCAACGCCGGCCUCAACGCGCACCUCUUCUUCAAGCUGGCCGGGCACAACUUCACCGUCGUCGCCGUAGACGCGGGCUACACCUCCAACCUCAACACGGACACGCUCGUGAUCGCGCCGGGCCAGACCGUCGACGCGCUCGUGUCCACCAACGCCGCGCCCGGGAGCUACUACAUGGCGGUGCAGGAGCACAACACCCUGACCCCGUCGACGAUGGCCGCCUCUGACACCACCACCGCCACGGCGAUCCUACGAUACAACGGCACGUCGGUCAACCCGCCCGCCAUGCCCACCAUGCCGGCCAGCUCGGACUCCGCGACGGCCAACGCCUUCUACUUCGGGCUGAGGGGCCUUGCCACGCCCGGCGCGCCAGCCGUGCCGUCGAAGGUGGACGUGAGCAUGACCAUCGAGCUGGCGCUCGGCCAGCUGCCGUGCGACCCGUCACAAACAAAAUGCAAUGGGAGCGCCGCCGCUGCGGCGAUGAACGGCGUGUCGUUCCGCCUCCCGGCGCCGCAGACGUCCCUCCUGGGGGCAUACGUCAACGGCAUGUCGGGAGUCUACACGGCCGACUUCCCGGACGGCCCGCCGCCGAGCGGCACGCCGAUGGCGGUGGGGACCAAGGUGAAGAAGCUCAAAUACAACUCGGUUGUAGAGAUCGUGCUGCAGAACCCGGCCGCCGUCCCGACGGAGAACCACCCGAUCCACCUCCACGGCUUCAACUUCUUUGUGCUGGCGCAGGGGAUCGGCAACUUCACCCCAGGCGUCAGCUACAACCUUGUCGACCCGGUGGCGCGCAACACCAUCGCCGUGCCUGGCGGUGGCUGGGCCGUCAUCCGCUUCGUCGCCAACAAUCCAGGCAUGUGGUUCUUCCAUUGCCACCUGGACCAGCAUGUGCCCAUGGGCCUCGGCAUGGUGUUUGAAGUGGAGAGCGGGACGACACCCGGCUCGACCCUGCCUCCGCUGCCUGCUGAUUGGGUGGGAGUAUGUGACGCGCAGCACUACGCGGCCGCGGUGGAAGCGCCAGCACCAGCAGAAGCGCCGCGGGCGGUGGAAGCGCCAGCACCAGCAGAAGCGCCGCGGGCGGUGGAUCACAAACCGUCGCCCACCCUUCCUCAGGGCAGGGAGCACACUUCACUUCCCUCUAAUUCCGCUGCUGGACCGGAAGCUGUUGGGCAUUUCACUUGUUUCUUCUGUUUAAUUCUUCUUUUAUUUGUUCUUCAUGAACAGAAGGUCUAGUCCAUUAUACUUAAUAUAUACCCGCUCAAAAGAUUACAGUUUUGUUCCUCCGUGUAAGUAAAGGGAGCAUUGUUUUCUGUUUUUAAGUUUUUAUCGAUGUGUAUAUGAAUUUGAUUUGAUGUAAGUGUUCUCAUUUCCUUCAUUCUCCUCCCUGGGGAAGAUGUGCAUAACAAAGUUUAGAGUUCAGAUCA